CUGUCCACCGUCACCUGCCCCUACUUCCUGCAGUGCGUGGGGCAGGGAGGCAAUCCCAGUGCAGAUGAAGAACCCGAGCCCAGGGCAGGGAAGGGACUCGCCCGAGGCUACCAGGGGAGACUCCAGGGAGAAGAUGGAGCCAGACCCCCUCUACAACCUGCUGCAGCUCCCCAAGAACGUGGCGCCGUCCAGAAAGGAGGAGGAGCUGCUGCAAGGAGAAAAGAAGAAAUACCUGCCAGCCCAUGCCCGGAAGGACCCCAAGUUUGUAGAACUGCAAAGGGUGCUGAUGGAGUGGGUCAACGCCACCCUCCUGCCGGAGCACAUUGUGGUCCGAAGCCUGGAGGAGGACAUGUUUGAUGGGCUCAUCCUGCACCACCUCUUCCACGGGGAAAUGGGGCUCCGAGAGGCCAGUGACAUGUCCAAGUAUCACAGUGAAGAAAGCAGAGAGAAGCUGGCGGGGCUCAAGCUGGAGGCCGAGGAGAUUGCGCUGAACGCAGCCAGCCAGAGGCGCAAGCUGGAGGUGGUGCUGGGGGCCGUGGACCAGAGCCUGCGGGCAGUGGCGCCGCUGAACAGGUGGAGCGUGGACGCCAUCUUCAGCAAGGACCUCCUGGCCACCUUGCACCUCCUGGUGGCCCUGGCCCGGCACUUCCAGCCCGACCUGGCCCUGCCACCCGAUGUCCGGGUGGAGGUCGUCACCAUUGAGAGCACCAAGAGUGGCCUCAAGUCUGAAAAGUCGGUGGAGCUGCUCACUGACAGCCGCACGGACAAAGACCAAGCUCCAAAGGACAUCUUUGAUGAAUUAUUCAAGCUGGCUCCGGAGAAAGUGGGCUCCAUGAAGGAGGCUAUUGUGAGCUUUGUCAACCAGAAGCUGGAGCGCCUGGGGCUGUCGGUGCAGGACCUGGACACCCAGUUUGCAGAUGGCGUCAUCUUACUCUUGCUCAUUGGACAGCUGGGAGGCUUCUUUCUGCACUUAAAGGAGUUCUACCUCACCCCCAGCUCUCCUGCAGAAAUGCUGCACAACGUCACGCUGGCCCUGGACCUGCUGAAGGACGAAGGGCUGCUUCGCCAACCCGUGAGCCCUGAAGACAUCGUGAACAAGGACUCCAAGAGCACGCUGCGGGUGCUCUACAGCCUCUUCUGCAAGCACAAACUGAAAGCAAACGAGGACGGGAUGCCCCGGGGAGCCCCAAAUUAGCUGCUGCUCCCCCUCCACAGCUAUUUCUCCUGCCUCUGUCCUGUUCCCUUGGCAGGAGUGUCCUGAAUCCUCUAGGUGCGGAGCCAUUUGCAGUCAAGCUUGCCUUUUUCAGUUUAUUUUUGCUAACUUAUUCCUGGGGAGCGCUGGGAGCUGGUGUCCUGGGCAGGGCCCUGACAUGUACAUAAAGGGGAUCUCAAUUCCCAAGCCGUGACAGGCCUCAGCAGUCUCUGUUCUGUCCUGUGGCUGCAUGGGGCCCCCCUGGGGUCCUGGGCUGUGAGUCGGCAAUGGCCAGGACCCAGCCCCUGCAAACAGCUGUCCCCUGCCUGCCUCCUACUUAGGGUGACAAUCCCGGGGUCCCCACCCAAAAUCAAGAGCCCCUCGAGGCUCCAAAAGCAAGCCCCAUGCUGCUCUGGGAGUGAGCUCAGUUACUUGCCAAAGCAGCUGAGGCCCAGGCCAGCCCCUGGCUGUGAGUGUGAGGCUUGCCUGAAAGGCACACAGAAGAAAUCUCUGUGGUCGAUUAGUGGGCUCACGUUGUCGUCUCUGUCCCUGGGGGAGCAGCCGUUGCUUUCUCGAGUGAGGCUUGGCAUCUUUUGUAAAGAAAAAGGAACUUGCAGUAGAACUGAGCACAGUCAUUCCGGGAAUGGCUCCCAGCGUGGCCGCAGUGGCCGCCUGAUGGGCGCCGUGCAGGAUGGAAGGGUGGAGGAAUGGAGGGGUGCGGGGGAUCCAGCCCUGGCUGCUGCUCCUCCUGCCCUCCUUCUGGUUCAGGGCUGUCACAGUUUGAUAGCUUUGGCUCUGGGAGGUCUCUGGAGAGGAGGUGGUGGCCCGGCCCCCACUGUCGGGCCUGCCUGCGGAGCUUGGGAGGAUGUUCUGCAGGAUGACGGGUGGGGGCAGUCUGAGAAGGGGGUGCCACCAGGAUCCCAGCCACCUGCCCCGUCACCUCCGGAUCCAUAGAGCAAACCGAAGCCUUUAGGUUGGCCCCGCGGGAGCCCUCAGCGGCAUCAGACGCACCCCCACCCCCUUCCCUGUGCCCCUGGGCAGGAUCCCUCUCCUACACCAUGAGUGCGGGCUCCUUCCUCCACCGGGACCUCCCCCCUGAGCAUCCUGGGGUCAUGAACAGGCCAGGACCCUCACCUCUGUACACACCAGGCUUCAGGGCAAGCCAACGUCCACACCCCACUCCCGGGUCUCUUCUGUUCCCUCCACAUGUGGGCCUCACCCUGUGCAGAUAGCUCAGCUUGGCCCAAGUCUUCACUGUGUUCCAUUUAACAGCAGAUUUAAAACAAACAAACAAACAAACAAUAAUAAU